GUAUACGUUUAAAAGCCCGCAAAAAAGGAUAGGCUACUUGUCUGCUAUGCUGUCGCCUUUGUGCGCCAUGUACCAUGCCGGGUUACCUCCGCCGCGAUUGUAACAUUGUCGCAAGUGGCACCCUUGCAGGAUAUCUUAGUGUGUUUCCACCUUCGGUUAUUGUUUACUUUUUGAAUAAAUUGCACUGUUUUAUGCGAGUUCAUUAGGAGGCUGAACUGCGUGUGUAAUCGUUACACGAGCGAUUUAAAUAAAAAGGCCGUUAGGCAUGAUUUGAUGUGGGUCUGUGGUGGGUUUAUUAUCUCUGUUUGAUGGUGUUCAACGUUUCGGUUCGAUUUUGGUGUCGUGCUGUUAAUUAAAUCACCGCUGUGCUUUUUAUUAAAACGUGUCCUGAAGAAACGUGAUAGUCGACCAACCCAGGAAUUCGGUUUAAACGGAAGAAACUUUGUGAUUUUGAAAUGAUAAUCCGCACGUCCGAAUCCAGAAGGCUUUGAUUCACCCAAAACUGAGUUCUACAUAUUUCCCAACAUUCCAGCAAUUCUUGGUUAGCGGAACCUUUAACUAGAAACCAAAGGGACCGAAUAGUGUGUGCAGUUUAUUGGGUUGCUGCUGCAAUGUCCUUAAGCAAAUAAUUUUCCCUGGAAUCCCUCUCAGAGUAGCUUAGGGAGCCCUGGGAGCCUGGCUGGAUCAUUUAUGUGGAUUUUAAUCUGAAUUCGAACCGGGCUCAUUUCCCAGUCUUUUGUAAAUUGGAUUUAGUUCUGCGAUGGACGUGAAGUGAGAAAAUUGAAAAGCGAACGCGAGUGAGGUCGUUAAGUGGAAUUUUCGCACUUUUGAAUGUGUUGUUGUAGAAACGUGCCUUGGUGUUUCUUCCAGAUAUUUUGUCGCCGGUGAUAGUUAUAUUAUGUAUCUUUUGCUCGAGUAAUGAUCAAAUAUUUACGUAUUCAAAGUGGAACGAAACUAAAACGAGGAGAAAUGUACUGCUUCACCUGUGUACAUUUGUGGAAUACGUUGAACGUAUCUCAAUUGUGAUCCAAUCUUUUUCAAACCCUGUAUGGAUUGAAUACAAAGUCAUUUCCAUAGGCUAAUAGGAUACCCCUUCCAAUAAGUUGUAAUGUGAUUUUGUGCCGGUAAAUUAAGUAUCUGCUGUUAAAUUUGGUGCAUAUCUAUGUAUGUAAGAUUAUCUGCUACAGUUUAAAUGAUAAGAAAAAGCUGUACAUUGUGCGCGCUAAAGAUAAAUAAUUUUUUUAUUGACCAAUGUCCGGCUCAACUAUAAAUGCAUUCAUUUAGCAGAAGAACUUGGUUGGUGAAUCAGUUCCCCCAUCAGCAUCUACUCCCCCAUAAUAACCGAAGAAUUUGGGUAGACGGGCCCAUUCACUAGACUUAAUCGAUAUGGAUUACUUUGGAUUUGCACGGGCGCUUUGGCAUUAUCGUAAUGAGAAUUGGAUUAUUUUGCUGUCGAACUAGCUAGCGCAGUGGCGCAGAAGCGCGUAUCGACGGACAUUUCGGUGGAGCUGCAGUUAGAUGCGAUCGAAUCUGAAUGGCCAUUAGUCAUCGCCGAUUUUGCCAAGAAAACCAAUAGAGAAUGUGCCUGAAGAAGACACCCGGAUAGCAUCGCUAUACCAUUCGUGCUCUUUUCAAAACGGUGCUUUCAUCGACCAUAAUUCUUCUACCGAAUAAUUGUGUAUAUCAAAAAGUGCCUGUAACUAUGGCGAAACAUCGAAUCGGGACGGAAUGGAAGCAACCACCACGAAUUUCCUAUUUACCCAGGAGUCCGGUCGAUGUUCCUGAAAUGGUUAUUUUGGAUGAGUCGGAAACAUUACUCGGCGAACAAUAUUCGGGCGUUUUAUUAAAUAACACCGAAAAAUAUCUCUCACCAAGUGCUACCAUUGUGGAAAUGGGUGGUGUUGCAGCUGGUCCUGCAUCAUUAUCGGCGCCCAUACGAAAAAAGUUGACUCAAUCACCGCUGGCUGUUCCGAAAUUAAGCACCAAUGAAAUAGCAGCAUCACCGGCGUUGUCAUCAAUUCCGGGAGCCCUUUUACUUCCAGAACGAGGACCAAAUCACUUUAGUGAAGCGACGAGAAGUUUCGUGAAGGCACAGCGUCGUUAUCACAUGGGUCGGGCAACAUUCCAGGGCCAAGUGUAUAACUUUCUAGAGCGACCGUCAGGAUGGAAAUGUAUCAUUUAUCAUAUCAUCGUAUUCAUGCUCGUCCUCGUAUGUUUAAUUUUUAGCGUAUUAUCAACAAUCGACCAAUAUAGUGAUUUUGCAAAUGAAACGCUUUUCUGGAUGGAGAUUUGUCUGGUUGUGUUCUUCGGUGUUGAAUAUUUGGUGCGUUUAUGGUCAGCUGGAUGCCGAUCCAAAUAUAUGGGCUUUUGUGGGCGGUUGAGGUUUAUACGGAAACCAAUAUGUAUAAUAGAUUUAAUAGUUGUGGUUGCUUCCAUGGUUGUUUUAUCCGUUGGAUCCAAUGGACAAGUGUUCGCUACGAGUGCAAUACGUGGUAUUCGAUUUUUACAAAUUUUACGUAUGCUUCAUGUGGAUCGACAAGGUGGUACGUGGCGUUUGCUAGGCUCCGUUGUUUUUAUUCACAGGCAGGAAUUAAUAACAACAUUGUACAUUGGUUUCUUAGGACUGAUAUUCAGUUCUUAUUUCGUAUAUUUGGCGGAAAAGGAUGUCGUUGGACCAGACGGGACCACCGAUUUCGGAAGCUACGCGGAUGCGUUAUGGUGGGGUGUGAUAACAGUGACAACAAUAGGCUACGGCGAUACAGUGCCUCAAACGUGGAUGGGGAAAAUCGUUGCCUCAUGUUUUAGUGUUUUCGCAAUCUCGUUCUUCGCAUUACCUGCAGGUAUCCUUGGCAGUGGAUUUGCCCUAAAAGUGCAACAAAAACAACGCCAAAAGCAUUUCAAUCGCCAAAUACCGGCAGCCGCCAUGUUAAUUCAAUGCCUAUGGCGUUGCUACGCCGCCGACAAGAGUUUCCAGAGCGAGGCAACCUGGAUGAUCCAUGUGAAGGACGACAGUCAAAGCUCCGCACAAAACAACAACUACAGCAACAUGGUGCUACCUGCGCAAUUGGGAAAGACCCUAAUGGUGCAGGUUGCUAAACGAGGUGCCAGCGUCCUGAAGAGACGGAAAUCACGAAAUCGAAUGGAACCACCCGGAAACCAACAACAUCAAUCCGGAGGCCAAUCUACCCAAACACCACCACCAACAAGUGCAGCUGGAAGUAGUUCAACAAGUUCCGCACAGAACGAGAAUCCAUCACAAUCAGCACAACAAUCGGGACAACAAGGAGCGCCGACAAGGAGUGAAUCAGAUGGGGAUGUUGUAUUCUAUGCUGAGGAACCGAGAGCAGGUACACCUAACCGCGUUCGAAAGAGUGACCAAAUAGGAGGACGUGGGCCGUUCGUUAGUCAGAAUAGUUCAGUAACGGAGGCACCGAGUGAUGAAGUUGAAGCAGAGCAAGAAGCUGACGAAGAUCCGGAGCCUGCACGAGUUACCACACUAACGGAAGCACAUCGAAACGCAAUACGAGCCAUACGAAAAAUCAAAUACUUCGUAGCACGACGAAAAUUCCAACAAGCACGUAAACCUUAUGACGUACGUGAUGUGAUAGAACAAUACUCGCAAGGACAUUUGAAUAUGAUGGUCCGGAUUAAGGAGCUUCAACGGAGACUAGACCAAACGCUUGGUAAACCAGGAAGUUACUUGGCCGGAAUAGAUCGUGUAGGAAAUGUAAAACCAAUGACGGUUGGUGCUCGCCUCUACAGAGUCGAGCAACAACUAUCUGUAAUGGAUAAAAAGUUGGAUCACAUCAUGCACGCUCUUAAUGGAAUUACAAUGCAACGAACAAUAGCGAGUGCUGUAAGCACAAGCAAUCUAACGGCCGCAUUAAAUUGUAAUCCUCAACAAGGACAAUUGCAAUAUCACCCUCAACCACAAAACACACAACAGCCCGUGCAACAACAGCAGCAACCAUCAUUGGGCCCAGAAAGUGCACAAUCAUCCUUGCAAUUACCCUCUGUUAGCCCAACACCAACCGCAUCUCCGUCACCAAUGAAAUGUUUAGAAGACGACGUCUAGGGUUUAUUUAUUAUUCCUUAUAUGUUAUAAGGACUACUCUAGGAGGUUAGAAAGUACCACUUAAGUUACAUCACCACACGGAUAUGUUCGAGAAUGGGGAUGAAAGGGUUGGAAACUAUGUUAGUGUUCCAACGGCAAAGCAGAAAAAUAAAUUGGCAAAUGGAAUUGAAAAACUGCAAGAUGUUUCGGAUUAAGGACAUAUGACCACUUUGUACAGCAAAUGUAACUAAUGGAUCAAGUAUUACACAAAAAUAUACUAUUUGUAUCUAAUACAACUUCAUUACGCUUAAAACUAAUUUUUAGGUGAAAUGCACAAAUCAUAGAGAGAUUACGAUUUAGUUCUUAGAUCAAAGGUUCAUUUCUUAAAUGAUUUAGAUAAUUCUAGCCAGUUGUUUUGUUAAUUGAUAUAAAUGAAGAAUAUUUAUGAAACUAAGGCAGCACAAAUUUUAUAUGAUUUAAUUUUCCGUUCUAUCCCAGUUGGCAUCUACUUACAAUAGAAAUUUACUGUACAAAUGGGUGAAAUGUGCCCCUUUUUCGUUCAACGAACAAAAUAUUGAACAAAAAAGAUUUUAGCUGCAAUGCAAUUGCAAAAAGAGAAAAAACGAUGAAAUUUUGUAAAUAAAUUUCGAAUUAAUCAAUUACUGUAAAUAUGAAGCACGCUUAAGAUUUGAUAUCAACCAAAAUUCUCCUCCUAUUACGAAUUAGAAUCCUUACGAUCAUAAAGUAUAUAAACUAAAAACAAAAUCUUAGAAUGCUAAUUUAGUACAAUCAAUAGUAUUUAAGGAAGAAAGACGCAGGCUACAAGUGAACAUAUAUAAAUUAAAUAUAAACAAGAACAGUAUCCAUCUGUGAGUAAAAAUUUUUCAAUUUUAAACUUUAAUCCGUGAUAGUUUAAUAGAAUGAAAUAAAUAAAUGUUAGAUAAUUUAUUUAUGUAGAGAUCUCAUUCCAUUCUAAUGGAAAAAGAUAUAAAAACUAAUAACAAAUCAUAAAACGCUGAAUCAUCAUAUCGUGAAAGCAAUACUUUUAAAAAUAACCAACUUUCUUUGAAUUUAGAAUUAUUUCCAAAAAGUAACUUACUAAUUGGUUCUUCAUCCCUUCCUAAAUAUGUUUGAGCUCAUUUCCUUAAAGAAGUAUCUAGCGAGAACGAAUAGUUAAGAUAGUAGGGAAAAUAAAAGAAAACAGCAUAAACAGUCAAGAUUUCAUCUAACUUAUCAAUAAAGGACAAUAGAGAGCAAAGCCGUUGAUUUUCAAAACCUAAAUUAAUAGCAAAAUUAAUAUGAUGAAAUCUACACUAAAGAAAGACAAUCAUUAAUUUUUCUUAUCUAUUAUUUUUAAAAUAUUUUGUUAUUUAUAUUAUUUGACUACAAAAACAACUGUUUAAAUCACGCAAACAUUUCCGACAAGAUUUAAAAGGAAAUUAAUGUUAAAUAAGAAGUAACACUCAAGAUUCAUUAUUAAUUUUGAUUAAUGCUAAAACCAAUCAUCAUUCUAAAACGAUUACAAUCUGAUGGAAUGGUAGCCACACCAUAAGAUUCCCUUUUCCUUCUUGAAGAUAACAAAGAUUCCUUCAUGGGGGUGGAUUUCUGUGUAGUGGGGUAAAAUUGAAAUGAAUUUUCCACUUAAUAUAAGAUAUAUCAUCUAUAAUAGCAAAUCUAUCUGCAAUAUCUUUUUGGAAUCAACUUAUUUUUGUAGAGGGAGUGAAUGUGUUUAUGCGACUUCAUCGUGAUCGGAACACUAGCCUGGAACCGUUUGACACAUUACUUCGGGCUAAACCUACCUACUCUGCGAGGGCCUUCAAGUCAGGGAGUUCUUUCCACCAACGGAAAGGAAGUCGAUGAAGAGAAUUCGUUAAAUCACAUAAACUGCUGCGAUCCGAUCCCUUUUACAGCCAAAAUUAUUUGUGAGAAGAAAUCCCACAUCCCUCUCUGUUUACGCUCAUUAAAUUACCUCUGACCAUAUUGUCCGAAGAGACUUGUCUUGGGCCUGCAUAGGGCAUCUAAUUGGCGUCGUCUACUACUCUAUUGCGCAACACACAUUUGGGGGAUCACGCCUUACUGCCCUUGUACAUAAGAAACCUAAAACAUUCAUGCCCACUUAAAAGUUGGAUAAGGAAAUAAUCUCCAAUGAGGGCCAUAUUUCCUGCAAGAAGACACCCACCACCUUGCUAAGAGCAUCAGCCCAUGCCACUGCACCAUAGAACAGAACAAACUGCAUCACUCUUAUGGGAAGGCGUCUCCUACCAAAGGUAGGGUCUCCAACCAGGCAGUAGGCGGCUUAAGUCCAAGACUCUUGGUGCAGCCUCGUCCCCCCCUGUUUUGAUUGGCUCGGAAAGCUCAUUUUUGAGUCGAGCAUCAAUCAAAGGUACUUAACCGUUGGUUUUGACGCUUUAAAUGUCUCACCCAGCGUCUCGGUAAGUACCCCAACUUUGUUUGCGUAUUCGAGCAGAGAGACAUUCUUCUGACAUGGUCAAUAUUAGUAGACCAUAGUAGGAAGCAUUCCAGAUUCAAUAUCCGCUAAAGGUACCCGGAUACUUAAAAAGAAUCUUACAGUACGUCUUUCAUAUCUACCCAACUUACGGAAUUGAAGGAAUUUCGAAUAUUAACGGCCUACCCUCGCAGGAUGUAUCUCGUCAAAGAGUCUACUCCUAAUGCGCUUUUCGAGCCUUUCGGUUGUUCCAAGCAUGCAGGGUCGUCAGUAUGAAGGCAGCCGCCAAGGGUCUUCUUUGCGUUCGUUGAUCAGCACUAGCCCGCCUACCUUUCAGCAACGCACAAGGAAAAAUACCCUCAAUCAGGGAAACGUCCAACGUGCUGAGCAGUAGGUCGGGCCAAUGGUGGAAUACUAGUCUGUGUACCUCUGCGGAUACCUUCGGGUCUUAACGUCUUCUUAUAUUUCAAAGAAAGAACCGCCUCCUCCAGUUCUUUCAUGGUAACAAGAAGGAAUCCUUGGUCCCUUUUACGCUGCUGACAUUAAAUAAAAUCGACUGCGUAGGAAACGAUACCCGUGCAAUACACUCCAUCUAUUAUUAUAGAUAUACAAUUGGAUCAGAGCCUUGAAGUGUGUUAGAGAACUUCAUUCAAGAUCAUCACGGUACACUACAGAGCACUGUAGGAGGGAAUGUGGUCAGCAUUGCACUCGCCCGGGAUUAUUACUCUGAUUUAACUCAGGUACUCAUUCGCAGCAGAGUCGACUGGUAUCCGACAUCCAAUCCCGACAACAAAUUUCUCUGCCACCAGUGAGAUUUGAACCGUGGUCAGCAUUAAAUGGACAAGGUUACCACAGAGCACUAACCAGUUGAUAACCACACUCCCAUCCUCCUCUUCGAUUAGCCCCUACCAGCUUGGCUUUCAUUAAUUGCGCUGCGGAGUGUCCUCCUUCUACCGAUUAUUUUUUGUUUUAAAAACAAAAUUAUUCCUUUAAGUCAGUGAGUUAUUUAAAGAUAGUCAGUACACAAGCCAUCUCUACUUAAUAUUCUCCUAAUUGUUUGGACGUUGCGCCGAAUGACAGAGUUUAUUACAUUCCUUCCUCAGCUUCCUCCCUCAACACAUAGAAGGCUUAACAAAAUUAAGUUUCCCAUGUUUCCCUUGUUCGUAACUAAACCUACUACAGUAUAUGAAGCACCUCGUCCAAUUCCUAAAGAAUAAUCCAAAGUGCUUGAGCUUAUUCCAAGAACAUCUUCGACGAGUCUCCAAAUGUUCACCUUCGCGACGUUCGACAUGCAGGCAAAACGCCGGACUAGCAUAUACCAUGACCAAGUGACAAUCCAUCGGUCUCAACUGUGACUUCGACAAAAGCGUCAUGUCGAGAAUGCUUCCUUUGAAACCGGAAACUGCAAAGUUGUCGUGAAUCCGGUGUUUAAAAUUUUGAGUCCCGACCUCGCCGCAUUUCCAGGAUCCAUUUUCCUCUAGAGUCUGGAUAAAGUAUACUCCAAUCAAAUGGCCUGGCAAGGAAAACUCCUUCAACGAGGAUCCACCCUCGGUAUCGAAGACAGUGCUAUUCAGAGCAUCAAACCCACUUCGAAAAUCUGGCAAAAUCUCAUUAAGUGUUAGCUAGAAGUUGAAAAACGUUGUCUCUAAACAUUGAAUCCACCUAGCCUUUGGCUCGAAACUGAAGCCAAUCGUCAUCCCAAUGCCAGAAGACAGAGGUACCUGUUGAGUCAAAAUACUAUGAAGCUGGUUCUUUGUUUCGAUAGUACUCGUUGAUUAGUGCUAGGUUAGCUUUCAUCUUUACCGCAAACUGCGCUAGCAAUUCAUGAACGGUUACACUCCAAUGCAAGUAUGCUUGUAAGAUGUGAAGAAUGCCUGACAUCGCUUCAAAUCUGCAUUAUGCACAAUGGUUUCACGAGACUUCUCUUUGUUUUUCGCUUAGUACCCUGUAUGCACGCAUCUAGAUAUGCUGUCCUUCUGUUAGAUUGCCAGCGGGUAAUAAACGCGUAAUCAUAGUCUAAACACUAAAUAAACCAGUUGCAAAUACACUACACAACCAGUUCUGAUUUUCCUGCUAAUAAGAAAUUUCCUGACAUAUUCUUUUUCAUCACAGCGAGUAUUUGGUCAAGAGGAUUCGCUUUUCCUGGAUUUUCUGUUGCUGUUCAUGUCUGCCUAUAGAAAAAAAUACCAUCGAGUGGCUCUUCCAGUUGGGACAGAGGCAGUCAAUUGGACCCCCCUCUGAACUUCUUUCCGGAGCAACAACACUGCAGAAUACUGAAGUUCAUUACAUGCCAAGAAGUUUUGCAGGGGUUUUUAACCCUUAAUAGACUCUUUGCUAAGUGCAGCGGCGGACAAAACAUUUUCAUGUGCUCAAAUUCAGUUCGGUUUUGCCGUCAAUCCCCGUUCUUUGGUCGAUCUGUUAAGAAUCAUAAAGUAAGACUGAAGUCAUUGGGAGAACAAUCAACUUCUUACGAUUGAUGGGGAUAUCCUUAGUUGAAAAAUAAAAGAUAUUUCUUGUUUUGGUUAAAAGUUUGAAUGGUGCACCAUUCACAACAUUUCCGCAACGACUUGUUCCCUCCUUCACAGUACGUAUCAUAUUUGCGGAAAACAAUAAGAACUGCAAGCUGAAUCUGAUAUCACUGUUUAUUAAAGGGUGUGUCACUAUAACAAAUUAGACCGGAAACCAAAAGAGGGGCGAAAACGGCUACGGUUUCGUACCAGGGCAGAAGUAAUUCAUCAGACGCUGCCUCACCUCUGCCCUGGAAGCAGCGUGACUGAAGCGGCUUUUGAACUUUGGGUGUUAAACUCAAAAAGAGGACUGCAUGGACCAUAAAAAGUGAGAGUAAGUUUCUUUCCAUUUGGCCCGGUCCGACAUCAAGUAGAUGCGGAAUUAUGACUCCGCAAUCCCUAAACAAAAAAAUUUAGACCGUAACAUUUGAAAUCCCAUCAAUAACAAGAAGGUUUUCCAGAAAAAUCAAAUAAGAAAAGGAUAAGAAAAAUAUCGACUCGGGUGUGGGCUUAAUCAUGCAAAUCGAAUUUCCUUAACCAUUUUGCCUGUAUAAAUAUAUUAUAAAAAAGGAUCCUCUUAAAAUCCUAUGUAGCUCAUAAAGCAUUAACCACAUCCAAGUGCCACCGCUCUCGAUUGCUAGCAAUAUGCUUCAUUUGACUCCGGUCUUCCCGAGAGACUUGCAUUUUUCCUUUAAUGCUUUGGUCCACUUAGCUCAGAGACAUUUCGCUCGUCGAUCAGCUUUCAUCCGAAUAGUUCGUUCUCUUGCAUGGCAUAACCCUCAAUGGGGUUGUCACCCUUUCUGGAUGUGUGACCUAUCCGCUUUCGUUUUCUGAUCAACAGGCUCCUAGGUGUCUGGCCAUUACGCUGAUCAAGUUCUUCAUUAGGCAUUUUCUUAGGUUACAAUAUCGCGAUCACACGGCACAGACAUGGGUUGAUGAUAGCUUGGAGAUUCCGUUCAGCUGGUCGACGACUUCAUCCAUGCUCGAGAAAAAGACACUUUUAAUUUAGACCAAUGCCCUUCAAGUGGUAAGCAGCAAGAAAGUUAUUCCGCUGCAGGAACGACGAUCAGAUCGCGGAGAACGCCUGAAUUGAUUUUGGAGAAACCGUCGUUUUGUCUCAUUGCGAACAGAUCUGAUAGUUUACGAUGAUCCCUUUCUAAGGUCGAUAUUACUCCCCCUUUGGUUGGGUAUAUUCAAAAGAGUCAAGUCAAUUUUUGAUCGCAAUGUGCUCGAUUUGAUUAGAUAUUCGUUUGCAGUCAGUUGAUAUCCAACUGACUUUCUAACAGACUCUGGACUCGAACAGUGCACCAUCACUGAUGAGACGGUGAAAGCUACAAAACCUACCCCCUCCCAUUUUAUGUAUGGAGAUGGUACUGUAAUAGCCCACCUCACACAAUCACAUUGUCAUCUUUAGAAGCUUCUUCUUCUAUUCUAUAGCAGAAAUCUCGGUAUGUGUAUAGCACCACACAGCUGUAAUAUUUCUUAACCUUGAUCUGAAUGUUGCAGGAAAAAUCCUGGCAAAGACCACCUUCUAGGUCAAGAAAGCGUAUCUCCGGUUAGUCACCGACAACAUUCCAUAUCAUCCCAUCAGGUUUUCCAGUAUACAAAAGCGCAACGCUGCAAAAAGAGGAGGAAUGCUCUACAAACUCACACUAUUGGUGUAAGUCCUAAAUACCCAGGAGGCAAUUUUCAAGUUGCUAGCCUACAAACCUCUACCCCUUUUGCAAUAAGCAAGCUAUACUUCGAAUAUGUUCUUAAAUCCUGACUCAAUGAGUACAAUUGUUAUCAUUUCCCUAACGGACAUUUGAAAAAUGAUUCCGCUCCUUCGAAUAAACAUGGGUCCUGAUUUUAGCGCAUCAUCAAGCUGCUAACAGUCCUCCAUGGACAACCAUAUGCAUAACAUUUUUUGUGAUUUUCUUUCCUCGAAGAUUCGAUUUUAACACGGAAGGGUGAGCAGUUAUUUACUCCGCUCGAGGUAAUGGGGGCUCAAAGACUCGUUUAAAUUUUGUGACUCGACAUGUUUCCACGGACAUAUAUUACAUAUAUAUGAUGUUUAUAGCUAAAACGUUUCCCUGCUGGAACCGGUUAGGGUAGUAGCUACUAACGGCUCUAUCCAGAUCAGAAGCAACUUGUUAGAUGCUACCUCACUUCUGCUCUCGCAGUACCAACAUACAAUAGAUGCGGACUAUAUUGCAUAAAAACCGCGAGGUUGACGCCAAGUUUGACCGAAGCAAAGUUGGUUUUAGGUGAAGGAAGUCCUGAGUCCACAACAAUUUGAAGACGAAGUGGACCAAUUGGUUUGGUAUCUGGCACAGAAUUCAUUGUAGGUUCUUGGAAAAACUGCAGAUCAAAAAACUAACAUUUCCUCAUUUAAACCAACCAAGAACAUGGACCUAAUUUUUAAUUUAUUUAUUUAUUAACGUGCCUUUAUUAUUGGUGGAACAUAUACGUCAUCAUCAUCAACGUCAAUCAACUGCGUAGGGCUGACAUAGCAUGUAACUUCAGAUGUCGUGGAGACUUGAUUGAAUCAUCCCCACCCACACAAAUUAGAUAACCCGAUCACCACAGCCUUUUCAACCGAAUCAUUGUAUUGCUAAAAAAUGUCGUCUUUAUUUAAGCUAGGAGGUCGUACAUCCUUCUGUUGGGGACCAAAAAUUCUUCGGAGGUUUCUUAUUUAAAGCGCAUCUAAGAAUUUUUCUUCCUAAGAACUCAAGUUUUCAAGAAAUACAUGAUGACUCUGGAGAUCAUUGUCUGCCAAAGGUUAAUAUAUCGGUUGUCCACAAAGUUUUCGCACAAAUCAAAGACAGAAUUCAGCAGAUAAGUUUAUAAAAACCUUUAAUUAUUUAAUCUAAUAUAUAAUUGCCUCCAUUAGAUACGACUUCCCUCCA